AAGCGAGCGAAGAACAAGCCUGCGUGCGUUUUCCUGGUCAAACCCGUUGGUCGGCACGGCAGCAGCAAUAUUUAUUUGAUCCCCUCGCUUUCAUAAUCGUGCCCCGUCACCUCUGCCUGCGACCUCUACUAUCGUUGAUCCGUUUGUUGUUAAGUCAACCGCAGCAUCUGUGCCCGUGUGACAUCGUUCCUCACCGCGGCGACGACAUUGUCAAGCUUGGCAAGACCAGCACAACAUAAUCUGUCACCUCGCCUCCGUCUGUCACAGACUUCUACCUUCUACCUAGGUAGUAUCUCAACAUCAUCCAAGUCCACAUCCACAGACUCGUUACAAUUUCACCAUCUCAGAGACAAGAAGCUCAACGAACCACCAAGGCUUAACCGAAGAUGCUUCGCUCUGUUGCCCUCGUCCUGGCUUCGGCCGUGGCAUUGGCUUCGGCUUUGCCUCAAGCAGUCACUUCAGCUGUUGCUCCGUCGGACGGCCCGCCUGAUGGCUGCCAGACCUCGCACGAUGGAAGCUUCACCAUCACCACCGUCAACGUUAGUAGCUCGACGACCUCGAAGCGAGAUCUUGGGAAGCGUCAAGACUUGACACUCACCCUCACCGACAGCAAGCUUAUCGACCAAGACGGCCGUACUGGUUACGUCGCUAGUAACUACCAAUUCCAGUUCGACAACCCUCCUCAAGCUGGUGCACUCUACACCUCUGGGUUCUCUUUGUGCUCGAAUAACUCUCUUGCGCAUGGAGGCUCUGCUAUCUGGUACGCAUGCAACAGUGGCGACUUCAACAACCUCUAUGACCGGAAGUGGGCUGACCACUGCUACGCCAUCUACAUCGAAGCUCUGAUCGGAUCUUCUGCGCCCGCACAAACCCAAGCUAGCGAUGGCCAACCUGCCGGCACUGUCGUUGCCUCGGUUACUCAGAAAUCUGAUGGCCAACCCCAGGCUACAUCUGCCAAGGUUACCCAAAUCAGUGAUGGCCAACCUCAAGGCAACACCGCUGCCCCUGUGACUCAGAUCAGCGAUGGCCAACCCCAAGCCGCCACUGGAGCUCCGGUCACCCAGAUCUCUGACGGUCAACCUCAAGCUGCCACUGGAGCUCCUGUUACGCAGAUUUCCGACGGCCAGCCUCAAGCUGCUACCGGCACUCCUGUCUCUCAAAUCUCUGAUGGCCAGCCUCAGGCCCCCAAGGCUACUACUGGUGCCCCUGUCUCGCAGAUUUCGGACGGUCAACCACAAGCUGCCACAGGCACUCCAGUCUCGCAAAUCUCAGAUGGUCAGCCGCAGGCCCCCAAGGCAACAGGCACCCCAGUUUCUCAGAUCUCGGACGGUCAACCUCAAGCCCCAACCGGCGCCCCUGUCUCACAGAUUUCGGAUGGGCAACCGCAAGCGGCUACAGGUACUCCGGUUUCUCAGAUCUCUGAUGGCCAGCCCCAGGCACCUAAGGCUACUGGUACUCCAGUAUCGCAAAUCUCGGACGGUCAACCUCAAGCCCCAACCGGCGCCCCCGUCUCGCAAAUCUGGGACGGUCAACCGCAGGCUCCAACCGGCGCCCCUGUUUCUCAGAUUUCUGAUGGCCAGCCUCAAGCUGCCACUGGUGCACCAGUAACCCAGAUUUCCGACGGCCAACCACAGGCAGCGACCGGUGCUCCAGUCACCCAGAUUUCUGACGGCCAGCCCCAAGCUGCUACAGGCGCUCCAGUCACCCAGAUCUCAGACGGUCAGCCACAGGCAGGCACCGCCACCGUCGCAGCAGCCAGCGGUACCACUUCCGCCGCGGUCGCCCCAUACACUGGUGCCGCCAAUCGCGACGGUUUCUCCGGAAGUCUGGCAGUAGUCGCUGGUAUUGCCGGCGCCAUUGUACUUCUCUGA